UCUUGUCUUUGGAGAUCAGAGGAAAGUCAGGCUGCUUCUUAGCAGAGUCUGUUUCCCUUGACUUUAAAGGCCAAGGUGCUUAUCAGCUCAGUUUUUUUUUUUGUACGGGGGAGGGGCAGAGGGAGUCCAGAAUGGGUUGGUCUGAGAGUCUGCCUGAGUGGGGCCCUUGCAGGGCCAAGGGGCACUCCCAAAAGGAUCGAGGGAGGGGUAGAAGGGUUCAGGACGGUCCGGUGGAUCCGUAUGGCCUGGGGGCCUAGGAUCAGGCUUUGGGCUUGGUGGCAUCUCCUGGACCAGGCAAUUAAUGGAUGCUUGGAAGUUGCUGUGCAUAUACAGAGAUGUUUUGCCACCUGAGACCUUUGAGGAGGUUCUGCCUGGAGAAGAUCCUCCCCGACUGGUUUCACUACUCUCGAGCUUUAUCAGGAGCAGAAGCUGUUAACGCCUUGAGGCCUUUCUAUUUUGCUGUCCAUCCUGAUUUCUUUGGACAGCACCCCAAGGAAAGGGAAGUCAAUGAAAAUUCUCUUAAGAGAUUAAGUGUCUACUUAGAAAACCUCCAGAAACCAGGCUUCAAGUCUCUGAAACCAACUCAGCUUACAUUUUACAUAAGAGAAAAAAUAGACCAAAAUUCCUCUGAUGGCCAGGAGCUUGUUAGUACUUCUGGAUUUCGAGCAGUCAAAUUUACUUUGCACACCAGAGAUCUGCUAAGCACAGUAUUAUAUAUUCUCAACUCCUGCAGUUUGCCUGUUGACCAUAUCCAAAGCUCCAACACUAAUGUGCAUUCCCAGCCUCUCAAAGAAGCUACAGGGAUGCCUGACAGGCCCAUCAAAUGGCACAAGUCCUACUACUCCUUUACUGGAUUCAAGGACCCUGAUGAAGACCUUGAACAUGCCUCAAAGGUGGAAACAACCCUAAUGUCCUGGUUAGGUAGCAAUGGAAAAAGUGCUGUUAAAAAACUGAAGAACAGUUUACCACUUAGGAAUGAGCUGGAUCGUUUAAAGGAUGAACUGUCUGAUCUUCUGCAACUCUCAGACAUCAGGUGGCAAAGGGGCUGGGGUGUCGCCCACCGCUGUAGCCAGCUGCACAGUCUUGGCCGCCUAGCACAGCAGAAUUUGGAGCCACUUCAGAAUGCAAAAGGAUGCACCAUCGUAUUCACAGACCGCUCUGGCAUGAGUGCACUGGGCCAUGUGAUGCUGGGAACCAUGGACGUCCACCAUCACUGGACAAGACUCUUUGAAAGAUUGCCAAGCUAUUUCGACCUUCAGAGGAGACUGGUGGCCUUAGAAGACCAAAUAAGUAGUCUCUUAGGAGGUAUACAAGUUGUUUAUAUCGAAGAGUUACAGCCAGCAUUAACACUUGAUGAAUACUACUCUCUUCUUGACACAUUCUGUAAUCAACUGCUGAAGAGUCGGGUACCUUUCCACCCACAAAGUCUCAGUGGCUUACAGAUGAUCCUUAACAGUGACAGAUAUACUCCAAGCUUGCACGAACUUGGACAUUUUAAUAUCCCAGCCCUCUCUGAUCCAGCAAACCUCCAAUAUUUUAUGAGAACAAAAGCUCAGGAAGCAAGAGAGAACAUGAAAAGAAAGGAAAAGUUAAAGGUUAUUGAAAAUGAAUUGAUACAGGCUUCAACAAAGAAAUUUUCUCUGGAGAAGUUAUACAAGGAGCCCAGCAUUUCUAGUACACAAAUGGUGGAUUGCUGUAAGAGACUUCUGGAACAAUCACUGCCUUAUCUACAUGGGAUGCACCUCUGCAUAUCACAUUUUUACUCUGUUAUGCAAGAUGGAGACCUUUGUAUCCCAUGGAAUUGGAAGGGAGAAGUGGUGAAGUGACAUAGAAAUGUUUUAAUUUUUUUUAAAGAGAUAAACUUUAUUUAAAUUCACAAUUUGAUAUAAUGGUAUCAUUUACAUGUUAGAGGAACAAAAUUUCUAACCACUGCUUUAGAAGUAGGGUGUUUUUUUUAAUGAAUUUAUGCUAAGAAACUUGUUUUUAAAAGGUUUCAUCUCCUAGUCUUGGGAUGCUGAGUGUUGAGACUAGGAAAAAAGAUGCUAGAAGGAUGGAGGUAUUUUUAGUAAUAAAGGCUUUGGGUAUUUUUAUAUGAGUGAAUGUUGGUUGGAGGUUGCAUAUGUUUAUGUGCCCUUAUCAAUGGGUCUCAUUUAGUAUAGCUCCGAAGCACUGGAACUCUUCUACAUAUAAUACAGUUCCACAUGUGUCUUUAUAGUUACAUUUCACACACACACACACACACACACACACACACACACACACACAUAUGUUGUAGCCAUUAAUGAACAGUUGAUAUCCAAAAAAGAUGUUUGGGUAGCAAAAAUUAGAUAACCAAAUUUUACCUAAAAGGAAGAAGGUAAAAAAGCAAUGCUGUUAACAUUGUCCUAAGCAGUUUGAUUAUUUUCAGGUACAGUAUUUAAACUCCUAAUUUCUUCUACUCAUUUAACUAGUGAUAGAGCAUAUGCUUAGUAUGUACAAGGCCCUGGGUUCCAUCCCCAGUUUCAAUAAAUGAAUAAGAUAUAUUAUAAUUAGGAUAGUUUGUGAAGUCAUCCCUUUGAGCUGUGCUAAUGUGCUUAGUGUUGCUGUAAAAGCUCUCCAGAACCAAACAUGGAAGAUUCCUCAAACAUGAUAUGAGAGUUUAUUGAAAAAUGCAGUUUGGAUUAUACCAUUUCUAAAAUCAUAACACAGAAUCAUCAGUAAUGUAUGCUGAGUUGGAUUUUGUCUCAGAACUAAUUGUUACAUAAUAAAUGAUACUUUACCAACUAUAUAACUGCUUUUCUUGUUUCCAGUUAUUACAGGUUCACAACUACUAUGGAGCAAUAGUUAAUUAUUGGACAUUAGUGACCUGUACAUACCCAUUUGACUUCAUCGCCCACUUAAUAUAAAAGGAAAAGUCUUGCUGGGUGUGGUGGUGCACACCUUUAAUCCCAGCACUCAGGAGGUAGAGGCAGGCAGAUCUCUGUGAGUUCAAGGUCAGCCUGGUCUAAAUAGUGAGCUCCAGGACAGCUGGGGCUAUAGGGAGACCCUGUCUCAAAAAGACCAAAAAAAAAAAGGAAAAGUCUCACAACAUCACACAGGG